CGGCGUUUUCCCACGAUGCCCCGCGCGCCCGCCGUUCCCAUGGCGAUCGCGCAGGCGCAAAGCGAUAAACGAGAAAAGAGGCGGGGGCGCGGUUUAAGGAGGGGUGUGUCCGAAAUCGGUGAUGGCGAUUGGUCCAAAGAGACAGACUCCUCUCGGCGCUUCCUGAUGACGUCAUCGCCCAGCGCCGGCGGGGAGCGAGGCCGGCCCGGGCUCAUGAAGGAAGCCCCGCCCCGCCCUCACUCCGCGGGAGGAGGCCCCGCCCCCCGCUCCUCCCCCCCUCCCUCCCCCCCCGCCGCUUUCCCGCGCUCCCGCUGGGAGGGGGCGGGGCCGGGGCAGGCUGUGGGGGCGGGGCCUGUCCCUCAGGGCCGUUUCCGGUUCCGGUGCCGCAGGGCCGCCCCCCGGCGCCGUUUCCGGGCGCUGCGGCUGCUGCGGCUGCUCCUGGCAAGGGGCGGGCUCUGGGCGGGGCCUAAGCGCGGUGGGCGGGGCCUGAGGAAAGCCCCGCCCACGCCCCGCGGGAACAGGCUCCACCCCCAGCCCGCCCCUCCCCCUCCCGAUGGCUUCGAGCCCCUCCCCCCGCAGCAGCAGCCGGAAAUGGGGGCGGGGUCGCCGCCCCUCCCCCCCCUGCCCCCCGCGGUGCUGCCCUUCCCCCACCCCGACAGCGCGGGGGGAGGGGACGGGGAAGGUCCCCUCAUGAAUGGGCUGGGAGGGGGAGGGGCGGGGGCGGGGCCUCUUCCGGGCUGCCCCUCCCCCCUCCGCGCCCCUCCCCCCGCCCAAGGCCCCAUCCUGAUCAGCAACGUCACUGGAGGGGGCGUGGCCGAGCCGGGGACACGCCCACUCCUGGCCGGGCAAGGCCAGGCCCCUCCAGUUUCAUCGGCCACGCCCCCUCCGGCGAGAGCCCCGCCCCCUCAGCAGCCCAGCCCCCCUCUGAGGGAGGAGCACGUGACCUGCGUGCAGAGCAUCCUGGACGAGUUCCUGCAGGCGUACGGGAGCCUGAUCCCCGUCAGCGCCGACGAGGUGGUGGAGAAGCUCGAGGACAUUUUCCAGCAGGAGUUCAGCACCCCCCAGAGAAGGGGCUCGGUGCAGCAGCUCCUGCAGUCCUACCAGCGGCUCCCCGGGAACGCGCUGCUCCGCGGGUUCCGCGUCAGCUACAAGCGCCACGUGCUCACCAUGGACGACCUGCAGACGCUCUACGGCCCCAACUGGCUCAACGACCAGGUCAUGAACAUGUACGGGGACCUCGUCAUGGACGCCGUGCCCGACAAGGUGCAUUUCUUCAACUCCUUCUUCUACGACAAACUGCGCACGCGCGGCUACGAGGGCGUGCAGCGCUGGACCAAGAAUGUGGACAUUUUCGGCAAGGAGCUGCUGCUGAUCCCCAUCCACCUGGAGGUGCACUGGUCGCUGGUGGCCGUGGACGUGGCGCGCAGAACCAUCACCUACUUCGACUCGCAGCGCACGCUCAACCGCCGCUGCCCCAAGCACAUCUGCCGCUACCUGCAGGCCGAGGCCGACAAGAAGGAGCGGCCGGACUUCCGGGAGGGCUGGAGGGGAGCCUUCAAAAUGAACGUCGCCCGGCAGAACAACGACAGCGACUGCGGCGCCUUCGUGCUGCAGUACUGCAAGUUCCUGGCGCUGGGGCGCCCGUUCAGCUUCACGCAGCAGGACAUGCCGCACCUGCGCCGCCUGAUGUACAAGGAGCUCUGCCACUGCCAGCUCGCGCUCUGAGCCCCAAAAACCCCAAUUUGGGGCACCCCGGAGCCUCAGAAAUGGGGAAAAUUAAAAAAAACCCGAAGAAAAUCCGAAAAUCCUGCGAAAAACGGCCAAAAUAUGGCAAAAAUGGGACUUUUUGGGGCAGAAAUGGGAGGGAAAUGGAAAAAAAAAAAUGGGAUUUUUUUGGAGUUCCCAGAUCGUAAAAAUCCAAAAAUCCCAAAUAAAAUGUAAAAAAACCCAAAAAAUGUAAAAAACCCCAAAAAACUCCUGAAAAUCCUGCGGAAAACGGGCUCGGAAUGGAGGAAAAAUGGAAGAAAUUGGGAUUUUUUGGGGGGUAGAAAUGGGUGGAUUUUGAGGGUCUUGGGGGCUCCAAAAAUGUUGGGAAUGGUUUGGAUCCUGAAAAUCCAAAAAAAAUCCAAAAAUAUAAAAAAAUUCCUAAAAAACUCAAAAAAUAUCUAUGAAAUAACUCCCCAAAAAAAAGCAUUAAAAAAUCCCCAAAAAAACUCCUGAAAAAAAUCCCCAAAAUUAAAAUUUAAAAAAAUCCCCAAAAAAGCCCCAAAAAUUCGGGGAAAAUCCUCCGAAGUUCACCCAAAAAUAAAAAAUUUUUGGUGGCAAAAAAA